CCCUAGCAACCCGAGUCUGACGUCAUCAGCCCCGGUGUGACCCUGCUGCCGUGUCUUUGAUUGGAGGGAAACCCCGUGGAUGAGCGGGAGAGAUCAUCAGCUGUGAGGCCGGGAAUCAGGAACAACAUCAUCUAAGCACACAGCAUACAGGAGCCAUGGCAGACAAGGAGGAGCUGGUACAGAAAGCCAAACUGUCCGAGCAGGCUGAGCGCUAUGAUGACAUGGCCGCAGCCAUGAAGGCUGUUACAGAAGGGGGCAAGGAGCUCAGCAACGAGGAACGCAACCUGCUCUCUGUUGCCUAUAAGAAUGUGGUGGGGGCUAGGAGGUCCUCCUGGAGGGUGGUGUCCAGCAUAGAGUGCAAUUGUGAGGACAGCGACAAGAAAGCAGUGACCAAGGCGUACAGGGAAAAGGUCGAGAAGGAGCUGAAGGACAUCUGCAAUGAAGUACUGGAGCUGCUUGACAAAUAUCUGAUCUCCAAUGCAGAAAAUGCCGACAGCAAAGUCUUCUACCUAAAGAUGAAGGGAGACUACUACCGCUACCUGGCUGAGGUGUCAGGUGAAGAGGAAAAGAAGUCCUCCAUCCAUAACUCAGAAGAAGCCUACCAGAACGCCUACGACAUCAGCUUAAAAGAAAUGGCACCUACACAUCCCAUCCGCCUAGGCCUCGCUCUUAACUUCUCUGUCUUCUACUACGAGAUCGACAACUCACCGGAAAAAGCCUGCAAUCUGGCCAAGAAGGCCUUUGAUGAAGCCAUUUCCAUGCUGGAUUCCUUCAACAGUGACUCCUACAAAGACAGCACUUUGAUCAUGCAGCUGCUCCGUGACAAUCUGACACUGUGGAUGUCAGACGCCCAGGGUGAAGGUGAGGCAGAGGAGACGGAGUAGGUAGCUGAGAAGAACUGAACGUCAGAGAAAAAAACAUAAACAAACAAAACAUACACAUUUUUUUACCUCUCACCAGCCUAAGUUGUGUGUGUGUGGCUGUGUUUGCACAUACAUGCACAGAUAUGUACGUUUACACUCCACUCACAACGUGUAAAGUACAGUAUGUGUGUGCAGAUACAUUGAAGCGUGCGUGUGUUAAUUGUAUGAGCACCUCCACAGAGCAAAAAUGGAACAGAUCUCUUCUUCUUUUUUUAAAGUUACUCAUUGUGUGAACCAGUGGAUGUUUAGUUUUUGUUUAGUUUUUUUGGUCCAUGGUUUAGUUCAGAUGGAAUCCCUCCUUUAGAUCCAGACCAGCCCCAUGUUCUUUAACCUUAUUCACUGUAGCAAACUGCUGCUGUUGCAGGAAAACACAAACAAAAAAACCUCUUAACUGCAAUUUUGAUAAUAUGUAUGUUUUUACUUGAACUCAACAUUUACAAUCUUUGUGACACUUUGUCUGCAAAACUCCUUUUAAAGCACAUAAACUGUAGAAAUGGUCACUGCGGUCUGUAUUCACUAAAUUUUAGGUGUCAUCCGACAAUAGCAGUGGCCAUAUAGAUGGCAGAAUUUACCUUGGUAAAGAUCUAUCACCACAUUGCUCGGAUCCAUCCCGCCCUGUCAGUGUGCAGUGUAGCAGGUAGUGUAGUUUUAUGGAUGGUACAUGUGUCAUGGCUCAGUGAGUUAUAUGUGCAUUCAGGCGUAGGAAAGGUUUUUCUGUGUGAGUGGCCACUUGCAGAAAAAAGAAAACUUUAGUUAAACUUUAGUUGAUAGUUUUGUUGAGAGGAUUACAUUCCAUUUUACUGACUUAUCUUUUCACUCUCAGUGAAAUGUGUAGACUAUAAUUUCCCUGACACAUGACAAGGUAUAGACCGCCUACGCUAAAGUGAACAACUUGACAAAAUGGCUCAAUACUGUAACUUUUGAUAAUUUCUUUCAGCAGUGCAGAGGAUACUUUUUGCCAUGUGCUUUUAUGUGGCUUUCUACUCUUUUCUAUUCAGGUGUUUUUGUAUUUUCUUUUUGUGUAUUUUAUUCCCUUUGACUCUUGAUUUGACUCCUGGAAUGUAUGUGGUUCUCAGUAGUAUGGUGUGAGGGUUAGCCAUGCUUUGAAACUGGCAAAUUUUGCUUAGGAUUUAGCUUCAACCAGGGUUGAUUUACUGUAACAUUUACUUUCCUUGAAAGAACAUUGUGAAAAAACUAAAACAAUGCUAAAUAUAACUGGAUAAUUAAAGUAACUUAAAUCCUAAAUUAUGACCAUUUAGUAGUUAUAAAGUAGUGCCAGUUUCUUCUAAUUACAGUAUCUUGGUUUUAAAGAUACGGGAUGUGGGAUUUAGAAUUUGCAGGUUACACUCUGAGUACCUUAUUUGGUUAUAUGCUUUCAUGUAAGUGGAAUUAAAAUAUUAAAAUCAAGUGUGCUGUC